UCGGUUCUUUCCGUCGCGGUAAAGCCGUUUAUCAAUGUAUAGAUGCUGUUGUUAAAUGUAACUAUGGACAGUACACAGUAGAUCGACUACCUAGUUUUUCCAAAAUAUUCUCCAGGGAAGCUCUGGUCCGAAUCAGCUCGAUUUAAGAAAUGGAAAAUGCCGUCCGUACCGCGCGAAUAUAGAGAAAUCACCACCACCUUUCCUAUUUCUUCGCGAACUAAUCUGAUGCUAGUGACUAAGAGACUUCCAGAGAAGGCCCGCCCGGUUUCUUACUAAGAGCACCAAUCAGCUGGUGGUGGUACUCCUUAACUCCGCCCAUUUAUUAUCGGCGAGUCUUGAUUUUACCCUGCCGAGGUUUCACCUGCUGUAGUCUGAGCUACAUAUCUGCGUUGACUCCCGGAACAGGGGUUUUCCUCCUGAAUUACCACUCGGGAGCCGAGAAAGGGAAUGCUUCGUUAGCAGCCGUAGAGACUUAGCCACCCGCGAUUUGUGUAAGGGGCAACAAGCAAAGCAGCUGUGCUUCUAAUACGGGGCUGAUUGCGUGAACGAAAAUCUGCCAGGAGCUGGAGUGAAGAGUAAGCGAAAUACCCUCUCCUCUGUUAAACAAAAUUAUGUAGCCUUGUGUGGUACUUUGUCAAACGAUGAUGCGGAAUGACAAUCCUCGGUAGAGAAUGUGCUUUGGCCGGUGUGUUCGACAUUUCUAAAUGACAUACCGGUGUGGGGGUUUUCCUUUUCGGUGGAGAGAGAGAUGUUGCCAGGAUCCUGUGCCUUUUAUUCCAGAUAGGAAAGGAAAGGCACCUUUUGUGACCUGUGUACAUCAAUUCAAAAGAAGGUCCCACCCUAUUUGUCCCAGAAUUGGCAAUGUUUGGAACACUAGUGAUUGGAAUUGGAAUUGCUGGAUCUGUACGAAUCAGAGAUUUGCUAAAUCCUUUGCCUUCCAGUCCUGUUGAGAAUCUUAAAUUAUUGGGAUUUGUUUCUAGAAGAUCUCUAGGUGAUGUUUAUCAAGUCAAGCAAAUUAGUCUGCAAGAAGCUCUAGACAAUCCGGAGGUUCAUGCUGCCAUCAUCAGUACAGAUAACCAAAAUCACAAUGAGAGUGUAAGGAAGUUCCUAGAGGCUGGCAAGCAUGUCCUUGUUGAGUACCCUUUGGCGUUGUCUGCAAAAAUAGCUCAUGAACUUUGGGAGUUGGCAGAGCUGAAAGGCAAGAUCCUCCAUGUGGAACAUAUUGAACUACUAACAGAGGAAUAUAAGCAACUGAAGAAAGAGGUAUCAGGAAAGGAGCUUGUGAAGGGAACAUUACAUUUCACAGGGGGUCCAUUGGAUGAAAGAUAUUCAGGAUUCCCAUCUUUCAGUGGCAUUGCUCGCCUCACAUGGUUGGUGGAUCUUUUUGGAGAUCUCACUGUCACUUCUGCCACAAGAGAACAAGAACAAGAAAAAAACUACUUCAGAAUGACAGUACAUUUUCAGACUGCAAACAAAAGGCCUCUGACUUGGAUUGAAGAAAGGGCUCCAGGGAUGAAACGAGAUAAGAAGAUCAACUUCUGUUUCAAAAGUGGGUGCUUGGAAUGUCUCCCUGAGGCUCCAUGUUCACCAGUUGGCCUUUUCAUGCAAGACCUGAUUAUCUUUGCCAAAAAACUUUUGGGACAGAUCCCCAAAGAGGAACUGACAGCUGAGAAAAGGCGGAUUCUGCUGUGUCUCAGUCUUGCUGAGGAGAUUCAAAUGCACUGUGAACGACCAUCAAAAUUUUACUCUUGAAAAUGUGUGAAACUAUAGGAUUCACCAUUUUAAACUGUUUCUUGCACUCCCUUUUUAAAAUGUUCUUCUUCUAAUGUGCCAGCUUCUCUAUUCUAUUAAGCAAUAUUUUUCUAACAAAGCCAAGUUGAAUUUAAUCUGGCAACAAGGGGUAUAUAGGUACUGUCUUGCCUUACUGCAAAACAACUUUCUAAUCAAAAACUAGUAAACAAACUGCCUGCAUGUCUUCUAGAAGUGCAAUAGCACAAUAUUUUUCACAAUAUUUAUUGUGAGAAAAUAAUCUUUCUCAGCAACAAAGUAUUUCUCUGAAACACUUUAAAUUCUAUAUUUAAGCCUUUAUGUAUAUUAUUCAAAUGUUUACACAGACAUUAAUUAGUGUGCUGAACACCUUUAAGUUUAUUUUUGGCCUCUGUUCAGUCUAAGUUGCUCUUUAACCUCAGUUGCACAAAACAUUGAAAAUAGUGCCCUUUCUUAUGUUCAUCUCUAAUGUUUAGCCCAAGACUACAACUUAGCUUGUACAGGAUAGAAACCUGUACUGAAAGGAUAGCAAGUGAAGGAAAAUUUCUGGAUGGGAAGGUGGUUGUUGCUGCUGCUGUUGUUGUUGUUGUUCUUUUUGAUUUGGCAACUCUUUAUAUAUCAUACUGACCUGGUUUAAACAUAAUGUUGUGUGAAUUAUGAAUUAGUCAAUAAACAUUAUUUUAAAAAUG